AUGGAAGGCGCUAUUGCUUGCGUCCGUCCAGGCCUUGUGACGCAAACGUGCGGCGCCCUGGCGCGCGCGCUGCGCUACUUUGAGUCCCACGCGCGCGUCCUCCACGGCGGCGGCCUCAACCCUGCGAGCGCCAACCCCUGCGUUGGCUACGGCCACGGGGAGGUUGCCUUCCUGCUGGAGGUGUACGGGCAGCUGGAGGAGCCGGACGGCAUAGAGGGCCUGGUCCACCUGCGCCAGGGCGGCCUGACUGUGUCGGACCAGAUGCUGUCAGCUGAAAAGGCGGGGGCCUGGUCGGAGGCGCUGGCGCUGUACGAGCAGGCAAGCAGUGCCAGGGGACGUUGCGGGCGCGCUGCUGCGCUCUCUCAGGAGGAGACGUCCGCCUGCGCGGAGGCCGGGGGCGGCGCAGGUGCCGGCGUCGGCGCCGCUGCUGUGGCCGCGGCGGAGGCGCAGAUGGCUGCGGGCGGCGGGGCGCUGUACGGCCCCGAGGGGCUGCGGCCGCUGCAGCAGGGCCACCUGCGGUGCCUCCUGCAGGCCGGCCGCCUGCAGACGCUGCUGCGGCUGGUGGACGGCCUCCUGGCGCGCUGCCGCGGCGCCACGGGGAUCGCCGCCGCCGCCACGGCCCCGGCGCCGGGCGCCCUCCUCGUGCCGCCCGCCGCCGCGACCCCCGGCGCGGCCGCGGCGGCCUGCCAGCUCUCCGCGCUGGGCGUCGCUGCCGCGUGGCGGCUGGGGGCGUGGCGGCUGCUGCGCGGGUAUCUCUCGGUGCUUCAGCCGCCCGGCGGGCCGGACUCGGGCGCGGCGGCGGCUGCGGCGGCAGCGGCGCUGGGGGCGGGGGACCAGUGGGAGUUGGGUGUGGGGGCCCUGCUGGAGGCGAUGCAGCGCGGCGCGGAGGAGGAGAUGCGUGGCGGCCUGCAGGCGAUGCGGUCGUCAGUGCUGGCGGUGCUGCCCGCAGUGGCGGCGGAGAGCUAUGCGCGCGCGUACCCCCUGGUGGCCAAGCUGCACAUGCUGACGGAAGUCGAGGAGGCGUUUGGGCUGAUGAGCAAGGUGAGGGGGGCUUGA